GGUGCAUGCUGGUACAACGCGGUCAUUCGCUUCUUUCGUCCGCCAUUUUCUUCCAACGCGAGUUCAGAGUGGCUUUCUCUCGUUCAAAUUGAGAAAUGUCGCGAUAUUCAAGACCUCCAAACAGUUCAAUCUACGUUCGAAAUCUCCAUCCCGACACAAGACCCGACGACCUGAGACGCAUGUUCGGGAAAUAUGGGCGCAUAACAGAUGUUUACAUACCAUUGGAUUACUAUACCAGGGAGCCUCGAGGAUUUUGUUAUGUACAAUUUGAAGAUAUCCGCGAUGCAGAGGAUGCUCUGUACUACCUAGACCGGGCCAUGUUGCUAGGACGUGAGCUGGAGGUUCAGUUUGCCGAGGGUGAUAGAAAGACUCCAACUGCCAUGCGGGGUAAAGAGAAGAGGCAGUCUGGUUACCGGGAUGACUAUGGUGGCAGCUACAGGAGCAGGAGCCCAAGACGCAGAUCGAGAAGCAGAAGCCCAAGAAGAAGGUCAAGAAGCCGCAGCCCAAGAAGAAGACGCCAUCGCUCUGCAUCCCGAUCCCGAUCCAAAUCACGCUCCCGUUCUCCUCUCAGACAGCGCAGGCGACGAGACAAAGAUCGCAGAUCACGCUCAGCAUCACCAGCGAAAUCUAGAUCACCAUCUCCUGCCCGCUCUGCAUCACCAGCUAGUGAGAGAGGCAAUGAUGAUGAUGUAGAAGGUCGUAGCCGAAGUCCAUCUCCUGACGAGUGAUUAAAUGAUGAAUAGUGAUUGUUGUCACCAUGUUCUGGUAUCAAUGUGUUCCAAUAUGUAAACAGUUUCACUAGUUUUACCGAUGUAUCCAGCAGUAUAGGUGGUAUUCUCAGGAAAGAGCCAAUAUGGCAACUAUCAAUGGAGUAGUAGAAAGAAGUUAGUGUUUUACAUGCUAGCCUGCUUGCAGGGGAAUAGGGUGUUUUAAAUCUUUCAGUGCUUGCUCCAGGGACCACAUGGUUUAUAUAUUGCACCCCAUUCACUAAACAGACUGGUUUUCCUUUGAUAAAAAUACCAAAUAGUCUUUUAAGCAGGUUAUUUUCAUGCAUGCUUAUGUUAGAAUGUUUACCAUUGUUUUCUUUUUAAUAAUAAACUUGUAUAGAUAAA